UCCGCAUGUUUUCAUAUAACCAUAAGAAAGGAUUUAAAUACAUAAAAAAGUUUCUAAUUUUGUUUCAAAACAAGUCAAUUAAUAGAAAUUCGCAAAAAGCAAACCAGUUUUCCCUUGAGCUACACCUAUAAACUUUGUAAUUUGAAGAGCGCGGCAUAUUAUUUAUUAAAUUUUAAAAUGAUAAAAUUUCAUUUAAAUGGCUCAAUGGAUUUUCAAAAAUCAGAAUAUAAUUUAUUUAUUUGACCAAAUUGUUACUAAUUUCUUUUGAUGCGAUAAACGCAUGCAUUCUUCUUUAAUCAAAAACCAGAUUAAAAUGAAAUUAUUAAAAAAUAAGGUCAAGUGUGUUCCAUUUCUGAAGUUUUAUAAGACAACAGUAACACAACUACACUUUUGCAAUUUAUAAACCAGAUAUGAUUAUGCAAGCCUAAAAAAUAAUCUUAUCAUUAUUCAAUGUGAAUUUUCAGAAAAAUAACAAACAGCGAACAUAAGUAACCGGCAUGACGUUGCCGUUUAAAUAGUACAAGGAUCAACCAAUUAACUCUAGCAUUAUAUUGGCAUAUCAUACAAAUCACAAGAUUGAUUAAAAUUUGGUAAAUUAAAAGCGCACAUAAACCCUCUAUGAUAUUCUUUCACAGUGACGAGAUUUUAAAAGGAUAUGGCCAAUUCAUUUGAUGGGUCUAUCGAUGAGAAUGAACUUGAAACAGAGGAAAUAACGGCUAACUCAUAUGCUGUCAUUCACGAGAUUAAAGGCAUUUCUGUGGACUGCUUCAUAGAAGAAAACUUGGAAAAAUGCAAAUAUUUUUUCCUUUCAAAUGUCCACAAUGACGAUUUUCAGCGAUUUUGCAAGAGAGCAGCCGAUGAUUGCCAAUCUAAAAGUGAACAAAUACUAUUUUGCAGCAAAAGAACUGAGCAAAUAAUUAAAAAUGUCAACCGUCGCUUUGUCUCAAGAUUUAAAGUUAAAUCAUUUGAUGUUAAUGAAACCUUUGUAAUUACUUUGCCUCGUGAAGACAAUAAGGAACUGAUAGUGACAACAAUUGAAGCCAACCACUGCACCGGCUCGUCUAUGUUUUUGUUUGAGACAGAAGAAAAAACAAUUUUGUACACAUCUGAUUUCCGCUACUCUAAGGACGAACUUCAACAAAUAAGGGCUUUGCGCAACCCAGACGGAAGCUUAAAAUGCUUAGACGCACUUUACGUUGACUGUUCGUUUUUGCGGCACAAUUCUUAUGAAUUUCCAAGUGUGCAAUUUUUGAUCAAAGAUUUAAUCACCAGGAUUGAGAAUUUUAAAAGUGAAAACAAUGUACAAAAUCAUGAGGUUUACCGCAGGGUUCACAUACAUUCUGAUGAACCCGAGAAGGAAGGCUACAUAAUCAAUCAGCUAGCCAUGCACUUUGGAGAAGCAAUUCAUGUGUCUUGGAACAUGAACAAAAAAUACAAAUGCAUUCCACAAAUGGAUCCUUAUUUAACUAGCUCAUUCAAAGCACGCAUUCACAUGUGUUUGGAUCCCUGUUACAACCAUGAAUUGGGUUUGAGAAUCAAAUUGCAAGACGCUUGGUCUGAGAGCAACGCUGGAGGUGAUGAACAUUUGAAAAUGGUCGAAGAAAGUGGACAGGAAAUAAUUGUGGCGCACACCCUUCAUGCGACGCAUGAGGAAGUAAAAGCCCUGAUACAAAUGUGCAAACCAACUAAAGCAGUUCCCUGCGUCAUACCAAAUGACUUCACCAAGGAACAGGCGGAAAAUGCGUUAAGGAAAAUGCAAGAUGAAAUAAGUGAGGGUGCGGAGACGGAACAUUUUAAAUUUGAUGGUUUCAUAAAAGGCUUUGAAGGAGUUGCCGCUGACCGAUUUGAUGAAGAUCAAUUAAACUCUUGCCCUGCAAUUUUCCUUUCUCACUGCCACUUUGAUCAUAUGCGAAGUAUUGAGAAUUUAAUUAACACUCCAUUUGAAAACACAAAACUGUACUGCACCAAAGAAAGUCUGCAAAUUCUUAGAAAUAUUAGGCGCAAAUUAUUCUGGAGCAACUCAUCUGCCGCUGAUCGUGCCACUGAUCGCUUUGAUUCAAUGAUUGAAGUAUUGGAGUUGGGUCUCAAGUACACAAUAGAAAUCAACUUUCAACUUCGAAAAAACAGUCCCAGUGAACAAAGGGAAGUGGUGCCUAAUCCGUACACCUUGGCAGUCACUACAAUACCAGCAAAUCAUUGCUUGGGCUCAUGCAUGUUUCUCUUUGAGCGUGAAAAUAACAGAAGAGUGCUCUUCACUGGAGACUUCCGCUUUUAUGAAUCACAGCUGCCCGAUAUAAAAGAGCUUCAUUUUGAAGACGGAACGGCUAAGGAGAUGGACUUGGUUUAUUUAGAUACAACUUUUUUCCAUCAAGUAAACAAAACAAAAGAUUUCCCAACAUUAGAAAAAAGCUUGGAAAUGAUAAAGGAAGAAAUAGAUGGAGCUCUGAAUAAGGACAAAAAUACAUUCAUUCAAAUCCAACAACCAGCAUAUGUUGGUUCAGAAGAAAUCAUAAUGGAAAUUUUCACCAAAUACAAUAUUAAAAUUUGGAUGCACCAAGAUUCAUUCCAAUAUUAUGAAGGGAUUAAGGAAAUUACAUGUUGUUUGACCACAAAGGAAAAUGAAAGCAAGCGCAAUGUACACAUUUGUAUGGAGCGAGAAAUAAAUUGCAAACCUUCAGCCACGUGUAGGUUGAAAAUUAUUCCAUCCGCUUUAUACUUUGCAAAGAAUUUGACCAAACAAAGCCGGAUUGAGGAUGGUCGCAAUAUUCGCAUAGCCCUUUCAAGACACUGCGGACACAAAGAACUUGUUGCUUUUCUCCGUUACUUCAAACCUAAGCAAGUGAUCGCCUGCGUGGCUUAUGGGGACAAUGGCUACACCAUGGGAGAGAUUCAAAGUGACUUGGACAAAUUGGUUGACGAAAUAAACGUUGGCAAAAAAGUAAUUCCCCGUAGUCCAGGAAAGAGAUUUAAAAGAGCUGACGAUGAAUAGAGAGCUUCCUAUCUAAUGCUAUUGACACAUAUUAAAAAUAAUAUUGUUUUUUUUAUGUUCGAAUGUAUUCCUUAGUAAUAAUAACUUUGUCAAAGAUAUAACCAUAACAAAGAAACAUCUAAGCAGAUUUUAAUUUUUUUUUUAUUAUUAUUGAUCAUAUUUAACUAAAUGUUUUAUGUGCAAAAGCAAAUAGUGUAAAAAUGCCUUAAAUAUCCGUUGAGUAUAACCUUCAUUGUAGUAUGUACAUAAUAGCUAGAUUUGAAAA